UACUCCUGCUCCGGCCUACCUCCAGACCACCCCGACAGAUACAUCCCCGCCUCAACCGUGCGUAGCCAAGCCCGAUACGCACUACGCCUCACCCUCCAAUCCAAACAGAUCCAAUCCAGUGACCACCGCUCAUACCCCCAUCGCUUCCACAACUAUCCCAACGAGGGGCUGACUCUCACCACCACGGGGCCGUGGUACGAGUUCCCCAUUCGUAAUCGCGCGCCGUUUCAGGCCCGUGGCGAUGCAGGCGUUGUCAGAGUGGUUUACCCCGCGAACUGGAGAGGUGGGGAUGACAUGUGGGAUGUGAUCUAUCAUGAUCCACGGAAAGUGUUGGUUCUGAGGGGAGAGGAGGUUGGGGAUUUCUCCAUAGCGGUUAGGCAGUACCGGCCGCCGGGGCAGUUGUCGUGA